AUGGCCGCGGGGUAUCGCCUCACGAAUGUCCAAGCUGGUCUCCUUCUAGCCUUGGGAGCGCCGUGCGUCUUGGUACAUAUCCUGGACUACACAGGGGCUACCUCAUCUAGCGCUUACUCACGAGAUCUUUGGUGUUUCGAGAUGUUUGCGGGAACUGCUGGUGUUCACAAGUCCUUUCGUCGUAUGGGCAUGGCUUCUGCCAAAUAUGACCGGGACAUUGACAGUGAUUCCAUGGAUUUCUCCACCUUGUUGGGAUUCUUGGUGGCGUGCCAAUACGUCUUGAGGGUGAAGGCAAAUGGCCUCCUUUGGGGGGGGCUGCCCUGCAGCCUUCAUGUUUGGAUCUCCCGAGGAACGUCGGGGAAGAGCCGAGAUAACCCAAGAGGUAUCUGUAAUGGUGUGUUCAAACACGACUGUGUUCGUAUUGCCAAUCUAGUGGCAGCACGUUAUGCCAUGGUGGUGCUCGUGUGCCUCGUGCGUCAAGUGAUGUGGGUCACAGAACAACCUGCAUCUAGCGUGGCUCCAUUCCUACCUUAUUUAGAGGUAGCCCUUUACACUGCCCGCCAAAUGCUUGGAUUCCCUGCUGGCCUCCUCCAGAAAUUUUGGAUGGGGUUAUUUGGAUCGAGAAGUUUGAAGAGGAGUGCGUUAUUUGGCUCAGCGCCUUAUAUCACCCAGUUUUCCAUCCAGAACCGUGUUACUUCAGAAGAUCGUGAGAAGUUCAAGUGGAACUCAGCCGGAAACACUAAGCUGAGUAGGACCAAAAGUGGCAGAAAGAAUGUGUCAGGAGGGCCACGGCUUACCUCGACACAAGCCUAUCCGACCAAGUUCUGCAACAAAGUUGCAUCGUAUCACAAGAAGUUUUGUGUGGAUCCCAAGUCAUUCCCUGCUCUACCGGAUGCCUAUCAGCUGAAGACUGGGCCACAUGACUUUGUUGACAGCUCGGUGUGGCAAGAUGCGCAGUUGGAUGAAUUUGUCCUUUUCCUGAAGAAGGAAGCCAGGCUUGGUCAUUUCCAACCUCGGCCAAACGUGCCACUUCGCUGUGAGCCCUUGAGCAGGGAUGAGGUUAGCAUUUAUUUUCAGUUGGUGAAUCCAACCUCCAACAAAAAACGUGGGAGGGAUGAUUAAAUUAUCAUAUGCUAUGUGAUGCCAAUUUGAUUGCCUCGGGGCAUGGUCCUGUCAUGUGAC